AUGCAUUGCCCCAACCCCCUUAAAUCUUUGUUUAUAAAAUUCCCUCUAUACACAUACCCUCCGAUCUCAAACUCAGACGAUGCAUUGUCAACCGAGAUAAAAUCUAAAACUUUUUAUUUCCAAUCAACCGCAGACCCCACCACAGACCCAGCCGCGAACAAAUUUAUCUUGGCUACUUACAACACUUUUGAUUACUCAUACAAUUCCUCCACCUUAAAAUUGUCCACCGAUCCUUGGUGUUUGUUUGUUCAAUUGUCUCUAGCAAUCAAAAAUAAUCUACAAUUGCCUACAGAUUCCCCAAACACCCCUUCAAAGCAUGCCCUGUCCAUACUAUCCCCUCACAUCACUCCAUCCACUCAUUUGCCCGUCCUAAUAGAAGACUCCUCACAUACAAAAAGAUAUACUCGAAACACAAUAGAAUUGCAUUCCACUCUCUCCGAGAAUUACAUCACUCAUCCCUCCUAUAAAUUACUUGCUCUUUCCCUAGACACAAUUCUUUACGAUUGUUAUUUCAUUCAAUUGUUCUAUUACUUAUCCAAUGAUGAAUUCAACACUCUAUACUCUCAUCAGUUCGAAUCCUCCUAUUUCAGCAACAGCAAAACUCAAUUAUCUACAAGAAAUAACUUCCAUCAAAGAAAUAAUCAUUUCUUAUCCCUACUAUCAUCAUCAUCAUCACCACUUCCACCACCGCUACUUCAAAAUUCUCAACACAACUUGUUCAAAAUUAUCGAAUCAGCAUUCUCUUCAACGAAACCAUUUUUAUUAUACUUGGAAAAUUUCACAUUCGAUACUUCACAAACCUACUUCAUUGCAAAAUUGUCAAGUUAUAUCCUAUGCAUAUUAAACGUCCCUUCUUCCACCCCAUUCCCUUUAAAACAAUUCAUCAAACUUAAUUGUCCAAACUUAAUCGCUUUAACAAAUUUAAGUUUCCAAUUUGUCUCAAAUGGUGAAACGUAA